GUGAAUGUAGGAUGUGUUCCUAAGAAAGUUAUGUACAACACAGCGAUGCAUGCAGAAUUUCUACAUGACCACAAAAAUUAUGGUUUUACAAUUGAUGGAAAAGUGAACUUUGACUGGAGUCAUAUUAAAGAAUUACGUGAUGCAUACAUCAAGAGAUUGAAUGGAAUCUAUGAAAAUAACCUGACAAAUAGCCAUGUGCAGUACAUCAAAGGUGAAGCGUCAUUCACUGAUGACAAAUGCAUACAAGUCAAUGGUGUGAAAUAUACAGCACCCCAUAUAUUGAUAGCAACGGGUGGCAAACCUAUAGUACCUGAUACACCAGGUAAACUAUUUAGUAUAAGUCAUUGCAACAAUAAAUUAUUUGUUGCUGUGACUUCUGUAAAGAAAGAAUUGAAUGGUAAACUAACCUUAGAUACAACUACUGGUGCAAUGAAUGAUGUUGAUUGCCUACUAUGGGCUAUUGGUAGAAUUCCAAAUAGUGAUAUUGGACUUGAAAAAGUGGGUGUAAAAGCUGAUGGACGUGGUAAUAUUAUUGUUGAUGAAUAUCAAAAUACGUCAACAGCAGGCAUCUAUGCCCUGGGGGAUGUCUGUGGCAAGGCUUUGCUUACACCUGUUGCCAUCGCCGCUGCACGCAAGCUUUCACAUCGUUUGUUUGACAACAAACCUGAUUGGAAAUUAGAUUACACCAACAUUCCUACGGUUGUGUUUGCACAUCCUCCCAUUGGUACAAUUGGACUUACUGAAGCUGAAGCCGAGAAUAAAUAUGGCAAAGACAAUUUGAAAAUUUACCAUUCAAAUUUCUUGGCGAUGUAUCAUGCAGUCACUGAAAGGAAACCUAGAACACUUAUGAAAUUAAUCUGUGCUGGGCCGGAAGAAAAGGUUGUUGGUCUGCAUAUGCAGGGUAAUGGGUGUGAUGAGAUGUUACAAGGUUUCUCUGUUGCUAUCAAGAUGGGUGCUACUAAAGCUGACUUUGACAACACUGUGGCAAUUCAUCCUACUUCAUCAGAAGAACUUGUUACUUUGCGCUGAUGCUCACUCAAUUCAUAAAAUAGCAUUUAUUUUUCAAUGUAUAGUAUUGUAUAAAAUUCUGAGAUAAGACAUAUUUUUAUCUUUAUUAAGAUACUAUUUUACAAUUAUUAAUAAUAAUAAUAAUAAUAACAA